CUAUUGACUUAGUCCCAGUAUAAAUAUUUUAUGUUUAUAGAAAAACUUAUAUAUAAGUGAUUGUUUUUGCCAACUUUGAGCAAAAAUAUGGCUAAAAUGACUUCUUUUCUUGCUUCUUUGAUAAUUAUCCUUGCAAUAUUUACCCAAAAAAUCAAUGCUGUCGAUUACACGGUGACCAACAGGGCCGCAAACACCCCUGGUGGUGCCCGUUUUAACAGAGAGAUUGGUGCACAAUAUAGCAAACAGACAUUGGCAGCUGCCACUUCCUUCAUAUGGAACAUUUUGCAGCAGAACUCUCCUGCUGACCGCAAAAACGUGCAGAAAAUUAGUAUGUAUGUAGAUGACAUGGGUGGAGUAGCUUACGCUGUGGGCAACGAAAUUCAUGUUAGCGCCAGGUAUAUUCAGAGUUACUCUGGUAACGUUAAGAGAGAGAUUACUGGAGUAUUAUACCAUGAGAAUACUCACAUUUGGCAGUGGAACGGGAAUGGACGGGCUCCAGGUGGAUUAAUUGAAGGGAUUGCUGAUUAUGUGAGGCUUAAAGCUGGUUAUGCACCUAGCCACUGGGUGAAACCAGGGCAGGGUGAUCGAUGGGACCAAGGAUACGACGUGACUGCUCGAUUUCUUGAUUACUGCAACAGCUUGAAAAGUGGGUUCGUAGCACAGCUGAACAAGAAGAUGAGAACUGGAUAUAGUAAUCAGUACUUUGUUGACUUGAUGGGAAAAACGGUUGAUCAACUAUGGAGGGAUUACAAAGCUAAAUUCCCAACAAUGAAUGAACUUGUCUAACAAGAGCAAAAAUAAAAAAUAUUACUCUAAUGCCUUUGUACAAAUUCAAGGCUAUAUGUGUCAUUGUCUUGUUCAACAAUAAUAGUAAAAAAAAAAUAUAAUAAGAAUAAGCACAAGGGAUUAAUUA